AUGGCAGGUUUCUCUUGGCAAUGGGCUUUAGCAUUUGGACUACUUGGUAAUAUUGUGUCGUUCAUGGUGUUUCUUUCUCCAAUAACAACAUUCUAUUCAAUUUACAAGAAGAAAACAAGUGAAGGAUAUCAAUCACUCCCUUAUGUGGUGGCAUUGUUUAGCUCAAUGCUUUGGAUUUUCUAUGCACUUCUCAAGUCAUCCAAUGCCACUCUUAUCCUUACCAUAAAUGCAUUUGGCUGUUUCAUUGAGACAAUUUAUGUUUGCUUCUAUCUCUUCUACGCCCCGAACAAGGCCAGGGUACAAACCCUAAAGAUGCUGGUGCUCCUUAUACUUUGUGGAUUCGGAUUCAUCGUCGCGUUGACUAUUUACCUGGUGAAGCCGCCGCAGCGUGCGCCGGUGGUUGGGUGGAUUUGCCUGGUCUUCUCCCUUUGUGUGUUCGUUGCCCCAUUGUGUAUUCUGAAAAAGGUGAUACAAAGCAAGAGUGUUGAAUACAUGCCAUUUCUUCUCUCACUAUUCCUUACACUUAGCGCCGUCAUGUGGUUUUUUUAUGGGCUUCUAAUCAAUGAUUACAACGUUGCAGUUCCAAAUGUGGUAGGGUUCAGUUUUGGAGUGGUUCAAAUGGGAGUGUAUGUAAAGUGCAAAUAUGCGGAGAAAAUGAGCAGUAAGCAGAAGAUUCCAGAAGCUGCAGUUGUAGUAACCCAAGUUGUAAUAUUAGAUCAUGAGCCAAUAAUUAGAGUGGUUCAAAUGGAAGUCUAA